AUGUCCGAUAAAGAAGAAGACGUAAAUGAAGAUGGGGUCAAUGAAGGCUCUCUAAAAGAGGUUGAAAAUGGCAGUAUGCAAUCUAUUAAAGAACAUGAUACAACUGGAAGUGCUUCACAUCAAAUGCUGGAAGAAAAUCAGCAUGAAGCCACUGACGUUAAUGAAAAUGAAACUAUCCCACAAACAUUGGAAAUGUCAGAAAUACCUUCCAGCAGUUUGCCCAAGGAAAAGGCAAGUGAAUUCCAGGAGACUGAAACUGAGAAAGAAGCAAAAAGCUCUAUGGAUCUUGUACAAGAUGAAGAAAAUGAAAAAUGCAAUUUAGAUUCUUCAGAGAAACUAGAAACAUUGAAAAAAGUUCCAGUAGAUUGGACUGUUGAUACAAAACACAUCGAACUUCUGGCAUAUCUAUAUGCUGAAGGAUUAGCUGAAAUCCCCCAAGAUUUUCUUGAAGUUCAAGCUAAAAAAAGUUUAUUACACUCCGUAGAAAAUGCUUCGGUGUGUCAAAUGCUAAUCAGAGAAUCACCAUCUGAAAUGAUGUUUGAUGACUUUGCAGUUCAAUUACAUACAAGAGGGCUCAUAGAAGUUCCUUCAGCGAUUUUUGACACAAAGAAGUUGAAGUUUUUGAAUUUAAACAAUAAUGAAAUAAAGAUCCUACCAAAAGAAAUUAGGUUGUUGAAAAACCUGGAAAUACUAUCUAUGGAAGGAAAUCAGUUAGCUUCAUUACCUCCUGAAAUUUGUCUUCUUAAAAAACUUAGGACUUUGAAUGUCAGUCAUAAUCAAAUAUCAUCAUUCCCACAAAAUUUUUCUGAACUAUCAAGACUCAGAUGUCUUUUGCUCAGUUAUAACAACAUUGAAAAAAUCAACUUUGCGUUAGAAAAACUUGAAAGGCUAGAAAUGUUAGAUCUCAGUGGAAAUAAUGUGACCCCCCCAGACUCUAUAUCUACCAUGAACAAAUUAAAUACACUCUUAUUACAUUUCUGUAGCAUUUCAGUAUUCCCAAAGAUGGUCUGUUACAUUCCAAAUCUAAAUAAGCUUAUUUUGUCAGGAAAUCAGAUCCAAAGUUUACCAAAAGAAGUCAAAGAACUUAAAGGUUUAAAAGAGUGUUCAUUAAGUAACAACAAGCUUACAUUUUUGCCUGUGCAGCUUUUUCAGUUGGUACAUAUUGAAAAACUGAAGCUGGAUGACAACCAGUUAGAAAGUCUUUCAGAUAAAGUGAAAAACCUUGAAAAGCUUUGUGAUCUUAAUCUUUCUAAAAAUCUGUUAAAAAUAAUUCCUGACAGUCUUUGCAACUGUACCAUGAUAGAACGCCUCAACCUUAAUGACAACCAGUUAAGAGAGAUUCCUUCCACUCUAUACAGAUUAAAAUAUCUAAGAGAAUUGUACCUAAGUAGAAACCAACUGAUCGUGUUAGAUGAAAAAAUAGCAUACAUUAAGAAACUCUUAAUUUUAGAAAUAUCAGGAAAUUCAUUAAUGUAUAUUCCUGUUGAAAUAAAAAGCUGUACUGAAAUUGUUAAAAUUGAUUUAAGUUAUAAUAAAUUGGCUGUGUUUCCACUUGGGCUGUGUGCACUAGCUGCUCUUAAACACUUAAAUCUCAGUGGAAAUUAUAUUUCAGAAAUAACUACUGACAUUUCAUUUAUUAAAAAUCUGCAGCAUCUAGAUUUUAGUAAGAACAAAUUGUCAUCAUUUUCCAUACAUCUUUGUACUCUUUCUAGACUGAGCUAUUUAGACCUAAGUAACAAUGAAAUAAGCACUGUUCCCACAAAUGUGUAUCAAAUGCAAUGUCUUCAGGUUCUGCUAUUAUACAAUAACAAAUUUACUUUGUUUCCCAGAGAAUUAUGUGUUCUAAGUCAUCUAACAGUUCUUGAUCUUUCUGAAAACAAAAUACAGUUCAUUCCUGACGAUAUCAAGGAACUAUCAAAGCUAAAAGUCUUAAAUCUAUCAGACAACAAGUUUGCAUCAUUUCCAAAUGAAAUAUGCCAACUUUUAUCAUUGCAGAAGUUAACUCUAAGUCAGAAAAAUGGAUUACGGUUAAAAUCAUUGACAGAAGAUAUAUCAAAGCUGACAUCUCUUAAAGAGCUGGAUAUUUCUCACAAUGAAUUACAAGAAAUACCAGAAAGUAUAGGGAAUAUACAGGGCUUGGUCUCUUUAAUAGCAAACAACAAUUGUUUAACAAAGCUUCCCUCAAGGUUUUCGUCACUCCAUAAUUUGUCGCAUUUCAAUCUGAGAGAAAAUAAGCUUAUAUACUUGCCUAGUGAUAUGCACCUUCUUCUGCAACUAAAGGAUAUAGAUUUCGAUGAAAAUAUUCUCAUCAGACCUCCUCUGGAAAUCUGUAAAGGGAAACAACUGCUUCCCAUCAUACAUUACUUAGAAAAUGCUGAUCAAAGAGAUGAAAAAGUCCUGGAGAAAAUAUUGAAAACCAUUAGUAAAAAUAUUCCUCUUGAACAUUUGGAUCAUUUUUGCCGAAAAAUGCAACUUGACAAUGAUACAAUUGUAAAUAUUGAAAAUAAGAGAUCUUUUACAUUAGAAGAAAAAGUUGCUGAGGCCUUGAACUCCUGGAAAACAGCAAAUCAAAAUUUAUCUCCAACUGCUAUGGUAGACCAGUUGAUUAGAAUAUUGAUUCUAUCUGGCCUCUAUCAUCUGUCCAACAAAAUCAAAGCUUUAAAGCUGUAUUCAAGACUGGUAAAGUUUUGAAAAACUCUGUAUUUCCAAUUCCAACUGCUUGGGCGUAUCUUGAAACUAAAUACAUUUAUCAACAUUCAGUACCUUGUUGAUUUAGUGUGCUGAAUUAAUUGCACUCUUCAUGGGGUUGCCCUUGAUCAUUGGAAGCUACAACUUGUCCACAGUAGGUAUUGCGGCUGUGCUUCAGUAACACUACUAUGACUUGAACUGUAUUGGUUUCAGGCAAUGCCAGACGUUGUUAUAUAUAAAGCUCUACAUAGUUUAUCUGGAUUAUUUUGGAAAGUGUUUCCUACUGCAUCUGUCCAUCCAGUAAGAAAUAUGGUUUAGGUCCAAUCUAGGGAGCAGUGUCUUUGCAUGGGAAUGAGGAGGUAUGUUCUUAGUUCUCUGCAUUCUCUUGAAACAAGAUGCCAUCUUGGAUUCAAAAGCACAGCCUGCGUUCAAAAAAGUACUUAAAACCUGGCUACAACAGCUGGAGUAUCCCCACUGGCCUGCCCUUAGAUUGAAUUAUUUACCCCACUUUGACCAUUGGAAAUGUUUUAACUGUUUGUUUUAACCUUUGUUAGCCCUUCCGUUUUAUAUAACUGGGUGAAGGGAAUAAAAGUUGAAAUUAUAAAUAAAAAUAACCAUUAUUUAAGUUUAAAAAUGGAUUUUAAAGAGAAUUGCAAAAUUAUUGUGAAAUACUGUACUUAAUACACAUAUAGCAUAAAAUUACAUUCAGUACAUUUAGUGCUUGGAUCUGAACACAACUUUUAAGCCCAAUGUAAAUUUACAGCCCUAUCUCCAAAAAUUACAAUCUCACAUAUAUGAUUUGAUUUGCAUUUAUAGCCUGACAUAAUAACAUUAUGAUAUAUGCCUAGAUUAUGACCAGUACAUAAUUUCCACACACACCCAAGUUUUUUAUUUUAUAUUUAUAUAUAUCAAUGUGUGAAUAGUGUGGUACCUGGGUAUCAUACGUUUUGAUACAAAUAGACAUAAUAUUAUUACUCAUAGUUAUUACAUUUCAUUUUCAUCAUUUCGUAUUGUUUAAACAAUAUGACCUCAACCUACCUCUUAUUAAGUGGACAAUAAAUAAAUAUCCAACUGAACCCAUCCAUACAAUCCUAUACAAUGCUGUUACUAAUCUAAGUCUAGACCAACUAGUAACUAACAACACAAGACUCAACAACUGCCUCAACUUCAUCUUCUGCAACAAUUUAGACUCAAUUUAUGGACUACAAAUAAAAGAACCCUUUUCCAACAGUGACCACAGCAUGAUUGACUUUUGUCCCAAUAUACGCCGUUACAAAAAUCACCAUAAUAAUGUGAUACCCAACUACAACUUCAAAAAAGUCAACUAUAAUCUCAUAGACACAGACCUCUCAUCUCUUGAUUGGCAAAUUCUAUUCUCUGGCUGUAACACUGCCAAAGACCAUUGUAAUAUUUUCUUGCUCAAAAGCAAUAGAGUUAUUAAACUGUAUGUACCACUAAUCACCACCAAAACCAGGAAAAACCAAUUACCCAUAUCAUUAACAAAGCUUCAAUCCCAAAAAAAAUCCCUCUGGUGGAAAAACAAAACUGGCUAAGUAGCUAACUUCAAAAGCUGCUACAAAAAUAUAUGCCACCAAAUAAAGACUGAAUGCACCAAUUACCACAUCAAACAAGAAGAAAAUCUUCUGUGCACAAAAUCCAAUCAUGCCUUCUAUAAUUUAAUUUUGUAAACAACAAACUUAAAAGACUUGAGAUCCAUCCCACCUCUAAAAGGACCUAACAGUAAAGAAUGCAAUGAUGAAGCAGUUAAAGCAAACUUCUUUAACACAUUCUUCGGCUCAGUCUUUGUCAUGCCCAAAAUUCCCUAGUCGUACCAUUAAUAACUACGAUGAUCUAACACAAAUAGAUUUCACAGAAGAUAAUGUUGAAAAGGCACUACGCAGACAAAAACCAUCUCUGUCGGACCUGAUGGACUAUGUGCCUACUUCUUAAAAAAGCUUUCCACUGCUAUAGUUGAAUACCUAAGCAUAAACUUUGAAAAAUCUUUCAGGACCAGCUUCCUACCCAACCUAUGAUCACUAGCCAUGGUCAUCUCUAUCUUCAAAAAGGGAAACCCCAGCCUAGUUGAAAAUUACAGACCAAUCUGUCAGCCUCCGCAUGUUUCCUUUAUUGUUUUAUUACUUAGUUUUAUUAAUGUUUGUCAUCUUAGUGGUAUAUUGCGCGAGCUCAAGACCUUCUUUUUUCACUAAGCGGGGCUGGCCUGAUUGAUUUUAAUAUUGUGGGUUUUUAGUGGGCUUUUAAAUAGGGGUUUUAUUCUAUUUUUGUAAUUUUCUUAAUUAAUAUUUUUAACCUACAGCGAUGGAAUUAGAUUUUUAAACUGGAUAUUGUAUUUUAAAUUUUUGGAUUAUUGGUGUUUUAUCUGCUGCACACUGCCCUGAGUCUUCGGAGAAGGGUGGUAUAAAAAUUUGAAAAAUAAAUAAAUAAAUAAAUAAAUAAAUAAAUUUAGUGUUAAGUAUUGAAAAUGGAGUAAUGUUCCUUUAAGGCUGUUCUGGCUGCCAUAAGGGGAAGGGAGGAGAGUAAUAAUGAAACGAAACUCAUGGAUUCAAAUUCAAGAAGGGGCACAUACCAACGGCCUGUGCAGAACAGAUAAGCGAAAGCCAUCGGAAGAAGAAUACCACAUGAUGCCUGAGGAGAAGCAGUUUGCCCAGGCUGCCUGACCUUUGGAGGGAGGAGGGAAACCUGAGGGUUAUGUAUGUGUAAGACACUCCUACUAUUCAGAACUUGCUUUACUUCCAUGCAAUCAAUUCAUUCUCAGUAAACGAUACCUUUCUCUACAAAUCAUGGAGUCGGGGUUUUUCUUUCUUGAGUUUUGAAACUCAAAGUUUUCAAACUUUAUGCUGUGUCACCUGCAAAGUCAUGGAAUCAAUCAUUAACCAAUCCAUUAUCCUCCACUUAAAAACAAACAACUUACUCUCUAACAAACAAUUUGGUUUCAAAAAAAAUAUAUAUCCUGCAAUCUACAACUUCUACACUGCAAAAACAUAUGGACUACAAAUCUCAAUCAGGUCAAAGCAAUAGAUGCAAUUUACAUAGACUUCUGUAAAGUCUUUGAUUCAGUGGUACGUGACAAACUACUUCUAAAACUAAAAUCCUAUGGCAUCUCCGGACCCUUAAAUAAUUGGAUAGCCACAUUCCUGUCAAACAGAUGACAAGUGGUCAAAAUAGGGAACACCCUAUCAAAUCCUGCACCUGUUAAUAGUGGUGUCCCCCAAGGCAGUGUUCUAGGACCAACACUCUUAAAUAACCUUUGUGAUCAUAUUAUAAGUAACUGCGUUCUCUUCACCGAUGAUGUAAAAUUAUUUGACGCCAUCAACAAUGCCGCUACCCUUCAAAAAGACCUUCAUUUUAUGUUGGAAUGGUCAAACAAUUGACAAUUCCAAAUAUCAACCAACAAAUGUUCUGUCUUACACACUGGCAAAAAGAAUCAGCACAAAAUACAAGCUGAGUGGCCACGACCUUGUAGAUGACCCUCACUUUGUCAAGGGCCUUGGAGUAGUCAUAUCUAAUGAUCUAAGUGCCAAAGUCCAGUGUAACAACUUCACCAAAAAGGCAUUAAUAGUUGUAAACCUAAUCUUACAUAGCUUCUUCUGUGGUAAUAUCACACUACUAACCAGAGCAUACAAAACAUUUCCUAGACCAAUUCUCGAAUACAGUUCAUUUGUCUGGAAUCCGCACUGCUUAUCAGACAUUAAUACAAUUGAGCAUAUUCAGAAAUAUUAUCCCCCGCUCCUCUUCUCACAACAAAAUACCUUAUGCCACCAGACUUGAAUUUCUGGGCUUAGACAAUUUAGAACUGUGCUGCCUUUGGUAUUACCUAAGUAUAGCUCAUAAAAUUAUCUGCCACAAUGUCCUAUGACUAAUUCCGCUUCAACCACAACAAACACACAAUAGAUACAAACUUAAAGUGAACCACUCCAAAUUCGAUUGCAGAAAAUAUGACCUCAACGACAGAGUGGUCAAUGCCUGGAAUGUAGUACCUGAUUCUGUGCUUUCAUCCCCAAACCCCCAAAAUUUUAAUCUAAGACUGUCUACUCUUGACCUCACCCCAAUCCUAAGAGGUCUUUAAGGGGUGUGCAUAAGAGCACCAGCGUGCCUACCGUCCCUGUCCUAAUAUUCCCUUUAUUUAUAUUCAUUUUAUGCAUUCAAUUCAUUUUUAUACCUAUAUAUAUAUUAAGUAAUAUGUACUUGACAAAUCAAAUAAAUAAAUAAAUAAAAUACUUAAUACUAUUGCCCUUCAAUUUCUAAACCUCCG